GACGCGCCGCCUCCCGGGUCCUAUGACGUCAUCAAAUCCUACGAGAAGAGCCAGGUGAAACCGCCUGUGGCCAAGCCCCGUUCCGAGGCGGCCAAUCGCAAGCACGGCUCUUUCAUGUCGGCAGCCUCCAGGUUCGCCCCGCCCAGAGACGUCGUGGUCCACAAGCCUGACCUUGAGAAUCCAGGUCCCGGUACUUACGAUACUCCUCGAGAAGCCCUGGGUCCUAAAGGCGGCCUGAUGGUGACCAGAGACAAACGGUUCCGACACGAGAAGGAAGACUUCCCCGGACCAGGGGCAUACGAGCUGUCGCCUCUGAUUCAGGACACCGUGCUCCGCGGGACUUUCAACCACACCCUCAACAACCCGGUCAUGCCCGCUGUGGACGCUCCCCAUGCAAUGACCAACGCCAAGCACGCCUUCCUUCUUGGCGUUUGAGUCUGAGGCAUGAUGGGACGGCGUCCUUAGAAACAUUCUGUGAUGUCAUCAUUUUGCGCGGAGAUCCGCACUGUUCCGUUUGGAGCGGCUUUGGGACGGACCGACGAACAAAAUGGCAAGCGGACACGAGGGCGGAAACGUGUUUUUGUUUCUUGUCUUUGGACUUUAAGAGUGGGGGAGGGAGUAUUGUGGGAGAGAAAGCGGGAGAAGAAAAGCUGAGUAAAUUAUGUUUUUAAAAUAUACUUAGUCAAUGAGUUAAUAUGUUUGCACGGGCAAUGCAGCUUUGGUAGCUGUGGGCGAAUUGUGGAAUUACAAUAGUCAUAAGCCGUAGAUGGAUACCUAAACAAUGAAUUAUGCCCAACUAAUAAAUGUCUUUUGUCAGGGAAAAAAUGUUGCUGUCGUAAUAGUAUAAUAAUAUAUGGAAUAUCAGUUGCGUACAUGUGUCACUCAGAACAAGCACUUUUGAUUCAAUGGUGACUUAACAAGGGGGGAAGGGAAAAAAAAAAGGGGGGGGGGGGGGGUUCGGCCCACGUUGAGUCAUUUUGUUACCAAAAAUAAAUUAGCUCUGAUAUUCUUGCUUUCAGCUGGCAUUUGCUGGGUCACUGACUUUAGAAAACAGAACAAAAGAAAAGUAUUAACUAUUUUAGUAUGCCAUUAAGUUCCGGUAUAAUCCCUUUACUUGGUCCAACCGUGUGUGGGUGAAGUCUGUGUCACACCUUGUCGUGCUGGGAUUAUUAAUGAUUUGUCUCGUGAUUUACAUGAUACUGAAAAGGGGGAAUUAUUUUUCCUCUAAAAAUUACAGAAGUGUGCCACAAAAGCUUCCCCCACAUCAGAAUUUUAAAUCAACCCUUCUCCGAACUGGGUCAGUAAUAAAAGACGUCAUCUACGUUUACACAGGGUAGUGACACAUUGUGAUCAAGAGAGAGCUUCUUUUCUUUCUCCUUUGGGGGGGGGGGAUGAAAAGAGGAAAGUCAGAGAUGGCAGUACGCGAACGUUAACCAUUGCACUAUUUAUACAUUUUUCUUUUAGCUCGGUAUCUCGGUCAACGAAAAACAAACUUUGAAAGAUUCAUCUUAGUUUUAGUACUCUGCUUGACAAAAUUAGGCGUGACUACUUUAACAAACUUUGUUGGCAAUUCUGUGUGCCCUGUCUUUGAAUGCAGACAGAGUUGUUUUCUAUACAGGCGUGUAUAUUUUAUGAAUAAGACCUGAACAACUGUAAGAGGUACCAUUUCGUUCAAAUCUUAUUGCUUCUUCUUAUAUUAUGAAAAUUUCGAGUUCCUUUUCAGAAUUGAGAAGUACAUAUAAGAUAAGAGAGCUUUCUGCACUUAUUUCCGAAAAAUCGUUUGACGUCGGCUAUGUUGGUUAAUAAGUAUUUGAACAUUCCUUCAGCUGUGACCAUAGCAUUAGGUCCCGUAGUGUAAUCUCCUUUGAGAAUACACUUUGGACUUCGCCUGUAAUAGUAUUACCGACACAUCCGUCCACAAAGUUUGUGAUAUUUUCGUGAAAUACUUUUAUCAUUUUUGUUUUUAUAAAUCUUGCUUCUUGACACACCUCUGGUUCAUUCCUCCAUCGACGAGCUUCAAAUAACUAUACGAACUAGUAGCGGUGUACUGCUCUAAGUACAGGCUAUGGUGCAGUAGUUUGCUACUAUAAGACGUGUCGGUUGUCCUCGAGUCAACAGCAGCACCCGUGCCGAAUAUUUCAAUUAAGUAUUAAUUAUGAAGAAAAUUUCUGAGUAUGUUUUCAUUGUAUUGUUCUAAUUCAUUUUUACAUAUAUUAUCAUUGCGAAAGAGAUCUGAAAGAGAUCAGAAAUUGAAUAUAUUAAGAGAGGCAAAAUAGGGGUUUGUAGCUAACAAAUUCGGUGUAAGCAACACCAUCUAUGCAAGUCUUUUUCUUCUCUCGUGUGUUUCUAUUCUCGCCUGCAGAACACAUCACGUUCAACAUAAUCUCUUAGAGUACGCUCUUGUGUCUUUCUCUGGCGUGACAACCGUCAUGAUAGGUUUUAUUAUAUCAAAGUCAUCCUCUGAUGUACAACAAGAGUGAUUUUGUUACUCACGAAUUUCUUAGUUGUGAAAUGAAAUAUUUGAAAAUGUGAAUAAAGGAAGUAUACACAUGAAAUCUAGUUACACAAUAAAGGCAGAAGUUGUGUUGAAUAAAAAUGUAUUUUUGUAACUGCACAACUUCUUAUCCUACUGAUGUGUUUAGAGAUCACUGCAUCGUGUUUUCUGUUUUGACACAAUAAAGAAGAUUGUACAAAUGAA